AGUAGCUAGGCCCAUUCGCAAUUAAGCAGAACCCACCAGCAGUACUAAAUAGCUCGCUCUGGGAUCUUCCCUGUUCCCAAUUGUAAUCUCGGGAACAAACCGAAAUGGGUAAAGAUACAAAUGGUUCUCUGCCGGAGAAGGGAAAACAUGUAGAGGAAGAGAAGAAAUCAAAGGGGAAAGGUGGAGACAAUUCAGGCUCGGAAUCUGAGGAAGAUAGAAAAAACAGUAAAACCAAGAGGAAAUCCCGGGGGAACUCCGAUUCCGAUUCGUCGUCCGAGUCUGAGUCCGAGGCUGGUGGAGAGCGGAGGGUCAGCAGCAGAAGGAAGAAAGAGAGGAGAAAAUCUGAUAGGAAGUCACGGAAGCGGUUCAGCAGCGACGAUGAAGAUUCGGAUUCUACUUCAGCUUCGGAGUCGGAGUAUUCGUCUGAGUAUUCGGAUUCGGAGGAGAGCGAGAGCGAAGAAGAGAGGAGGAGGAGGAAGAGGAAGCAGCGGAGGAGGAGAGAGCGGGAUGAGGAGCGGGAGAGGGAGAGGGAGAGGAAGAGGAGGAGGAGAGAGAAGGAAAAGAAGAGCAGGAGGAGAGAAAGGGAGCAGGAGAGAGACAGGAAGAAGAAGAGGAAAGAGGAGAAGAAAAAGAAGAAAAAAGAGAAAUUGGAGAGAGGGAAAAGAGGCGCCGUCACUAAUUCUUGGGGAAAGUAUGGGAUCAUCAGAGAAACUGACAUGUGGAACAAACGACCAGAGUUCACAGCAUGGUUAGCAGAAGUAAAGCAGGUGAACCUGGAAAGUCUGCCCAAUUGGGAGGAAAAACAAAUGUUCAAAGAGUUCAUGGAGGAUCACAACACUGCAACUUUCCCUUCCAAAAAAUAUUAUAACCUUGAUGCUUAUUACAAGCACAAAAUGGAAAAGGAACAGAAAAAGGGUAUCAAAAAGGUCUUGGAGACAGAGCGUACUGUAUUUAAUGAUGAGGAACAACGUCGGUUAGAGCUGCAACAAGCACGUGAAAAGCACAAGGAAGAACAAGUGGAAGCUUUGAAGCAGUCUAUGCAGGGUGGAAUGGCACAGGCAAUGAGAGAGCAAGCUCAGCUGAGGGAAGAGAUGGCGUACCAAUACAAGCUUGGCAAUUUCGAGGCUGCAGCUGCUAUUCAAAGAAGAUUGGACCCAGAUGUUGCCAUGUGAUACCAAUGGCCAUUUUUUUUUUAAAAUCUACUACUCGAUGCAGUUUAUGUAGACAUUGCCGAGUAAUAAGCUGCAUUUGGGUCUCUACUUGGCCAAGCAUCAAACGAAAUUCCCUACUUGUAGGAUAUCAAGAACAAGGCAGCUGGAUUGAUUUUAGGUUAAACUAUUUUCUAGAAUGCAUUUUCAUCUCCCAUUUUUGCAGGUCUGUGGGAAUACAUUGCUUUAGUUGACAUCAAUAUGCUUAUUAUCUAUGCAAUCACUGGAAUUUUCACACA